UACAUCCUCUUUCCCCCUCCUUCGCGUUAAUCGUAAACCUCGAUCCCAAUCAAUACCUUCCGCCAACACGUUCUUCUCUCUCUCCCUCUCUCUAACGAACUUUCGAUUCGCUUCGGAUUUGUCCGGUGAUCGCUCGUAAGGGCAUUCUAGGGCUCAUCAACAGCGAAUUUGGCUUGUUGCUCCGUGAAAGAUGUCUUUCUUCUCUUCAAUCGCUUCCAGCUUGUCCAAUUUCGGCAGCACAAUGCAGAAAUCGGUAACCGGACCCUUUCGGCUAUACUUCUCUCCACCGGCAAGCUCGCCUGUGACAGGCAGCCCUCUGGUGGCCAUCCCUCCCCCGAUCUACCUCUUUAGUAUGGUGCACUGUGUUUACUGGGUUAUGAAGGCCUUGAAGUUAUAAACCCAGAAGGAGGGACUGAAGAUGCUGUAGAGGAAGCACAAAGAGGAAGAUGGAAACAAGAGGAUCGGGACAGUUACUGGAAGAUGAUGCAUAAAUAUAUAGGUUCUGAUGUUACAUCAAUGGUAACCCUUCCAGUUCUUAUUUUUGAGCCAAUGUCAAUGCUUCAGAAAAUGGCGGAGUUGAUGGAAUACCACUACCUUUUAGAUCUGGCAGAUGAAUGUGAGGAUCCCUACAUGCGAUUGGUUUAUGCCUCAUCCUUCUUUGUAUCUGUCUAUUAUGCCUUACAACGAACCUGGAAGCCAUUUAAUCCAAUUCUUGGUGAGACAUAUGAAAUGGUCAAUCACGGUGGAAUUACAUUUAUUGCAGAACAGGUUAGCCAUCAUCCUCCAAUGAGUGCUGGGCAUGCUGAAAAUGAUCAUUUUGUUUAUGAUAUAACUUCAAAAGUGAAGACCAAAUUUUUAGGAAACUCACUGGAUAUCUAUCCCCUUGGAAGGACGAGGGUUACCCUGAAAAGAGAUGGCGUUGUCCUAGAUUUGGUGCCACCUCCCACAAAAGCUAACAACUUGAUAUUUGGACGAACUUGGGUUGAUUCAUCAGGUGAGAUGAUCUUAACCAACUCGACUAUGGGCGACAAAGUUGUGCUGUACUUUCAGCCUUGCGGCUGGUUCGGGGCUGGUCGAUAUGAAGUGGAUGGUUAUGUGUAUAAUGAGGCUGAAGAACCCAAAAUAUUGAUCACUGGGAAAUGGAAUGAGUCAAUGAGAUAUCAACCUUGUGACAUGGAAGGAGAACCCCUGCAGGGCACUGAACUGAAAGAGGUCUGGAGAGUUGCGGAAGCUCCCUCAAAUGAUAGAUUUCAGUACACGUAUUUUUCACGCAAGAUAAAUAGCUUUGACACUGCACCAAAGAAGUUACUGGCAUCAGAUUCUCGCUUGCGCCCAGAUAGAUAUGCACUUGAAAAAGGUGAUCUGACCAAGGCUGGUUCAGAAAAGAGCAGACUGGAGGAGAGACAGAGAGCUGAAAAGAGAAUCAGAGAGACGAAGAACCAACAAUUUACGCCAAGGUGGUUUGACCCAUCUAAUGAAAUUGCUACAACACCUUGGGGUGACUUAGAAAUCUACAAGUACAAUGGAAAAUAUAGCGAACAUCGGGUUGCCAUGGAUAGCUCAACCAAUGGUGAAGAGGUUGACCUCGGAUCAACAGAGUUCAAUCCUUGGCAGUUUGCGGACUUAGCUGCGGAAUAAGAUAUACGUCGUGUAUGUUUGUUUGUAUAUUAUUUUUCUCGUAGUUAUCUUUGAUUCUUAGAUGCCAAUAGCCCCGUAAUGGAUACUGUUAAUGUGAGCUGAAGCAAUUCUCUAUAUUGAUUUAUGCUCUUUUUUUCUUGGUUUA